AUGUCCGGGCUACCGUACCUUCAGAAAUUGCGUAAGAGCGAUCUUACCGAAAUCGCCGAAACCAGCAAAUUACCUGAUUACGCUGGAUUGAAAAAGGCCGAACUCGAGGUCGCGCUGGACGAGCACCUCCGCGCCAACUCGACCAGAUACAGCAAAGAACCUUCCCUGACCGAUUACUACAAGCGCCUGGGCAGCAGCACCAGGUCGCCGGUCAAGAAGAUCGCGCAGAAGGUGUCGGAUGUAGUGAAAUCCGACGAAGAUGCUCCUGCGCCCGCGAAGAAGAGCAGGCGCAAGACCGUCUCUCCGGCAGAAGACACGACCGACACGGAUUCGCCCACUGUCUCCUCUUUGAUCAAGGCUCCAGCAAAAGAGGUUGCGCGUCGCUCUUCAAUCCUGACAUCGCAAAUACCCAUUCCGCCCUCUCCCGCGGUGGUGACCGAUGUUAUUGAUGAACAGACGCGUCGUUUCCGAACUUCAAUCUCUCACGCAUAUGAUCGCACCCAGAUUCACGAAUAUGCUGACAAGACGCGCGACCUCCUGUCUUCGCCGUUGACGGUCACCAUCCUGGCAAUCCUCCUCGAAGCAUAUGGUCUACGCGCCUCGGUUCUACCCAACAAGCUGUUGACUGAGAUUCCCCCGAUUCCAUACGUCAAAUCGACCAAGACUCCGGUCAAUGUGCCAGAUCUGUUCUUGCUGCUCGACUCCAAGUUCUGGGCACCUUUCUCUCUGUGGACAUUGACGUCGUUCAUCCUUCCCGCCUUCAUCUCAUACUUUAUCAACCUGCCACUCAAGGCUCACCCGGUGCAUUCUCACGCAACGCGUCGAGCUACCGUUCAAGCCAAUGCUCAAUUGCAAUUUGACCCUUUUGUGUUCAGUCUUGCCAAGGGCUUGAUUGCUUACUUGGUCUAUGCUAAGCAUUUCAACUUCGGUGGUCUGUACCAACACUUUACUAUUGCCGUUGUGAACGAUAGCAUCCUGGGCGGCUGGUUCGCCAUCCUCAUCAGCUCAGGUCUCGGCGCGGCGGUCAGCCUAUACGAAGCCGUACUAAAGAAAUAA